GGUAAACCGUAAUUGUUACAAUGAGGACAAUAAACUCAAGUCAAUGCGUUAAAAUACCGAAAGGCAUAAAAGCCUCAGUAAAAGCACGAGUUGUAAAAAUAACAGGAGCGCGUGGAAGUUUAGUCCGAAGCUUUAAACAUCUAGCGUUGGAUAUGUACAUGGUUGAUAAGCGUACCCUGAAAGUAGAAAAGUGGUUCGGUGCAAAGAAGGAGCUGGCAUCUGUUCGUACCGUUUGUAGUCAUAUUGAAAAUAUGAUUAAAGGUGUGACAUUUGGCUUUCAGUAUAAAAUGCGUGCGGUUUAUGCCCAUUUUCCAAUUAACUGUGUUACUUCUGAAAAUAAUACAGUUAUUGAGAUUCGAAAUUUUCUUGGAGAAAAAUAUAUUCGCCGUGUACAAAUGGCUCCAGGAGUGACAGUAGUCAAUUCCACGGCUCAAAAAGAUGAACUGAUUGUUGAAGGCAACGAUAUUGAGGCUGUUUCUGGAUCAGCAGCUUUAAUUCAGCAGUCUACAACAGUUAAAAACAAGGACAUACGUAAAUUUUUAGACGGCCUGUAUGUAUCUGAAAAAACAACUGUUAUAAAGCGAGAGGAUUGAUUUGGUACAAAUAAAGGCCGGUAACAAUUAAAAAAUUAAAA